AUGAAGCUUAACACAAAGGAUAUCAAUCACGUUGCGGUGAGGCUCUGCGCAGCUGCUUGCGACCUUCGCAGGAGCGGCUCCUCAAAGCUAGAUAGGCUGUUCAUCAGCCCACAAUGCUUCCUUGAUGAGAUGUACGUGAAGAAGAUUACACGUGAUUUCCAUCUCGUGGACUCUAGAUCAGUUCUUGCAUCGCGCUUGAGCGGGUGGCAGUAUUGGGAGGACUCUGGGGCUGCACUGUGGGAUGCUGUGAAGAAGAUUGCUGAUGAGAUGUGUGAGCUCCUCAGGGUGCGCCACGAGGAAAUGUUGGGAAAACAGCGAGCUAACAGACAGAAGAAGCGCGAGGAGGAAGUUUGA